GCGAGUCUAUAGCCUCUGCUCUGACUGUCUCCAACUCACUGACUGUCUCCUACUCUCAGACCGUCAUCAUGAGGAUCCAAACCCCAAGACUCCCUUUUGAUGGACCCCUCAAAUUGGCUGUGGGGUGGACUGUGCUGAUAAAGGGAUCUCUUUGCCAUCACAACCGCAGCUUCCGAAUCGAGCUGCGGGCUGGAUGCGAUAGAGCCUUAAAAUGCAAGGGUUCAUACCGUGGAGUGUCGUUUAACGCCGCUCGCCGCGGGAAACAUGGACGUGAGGAGAUUUCCAGGAUCUGCCCCUUCCAUAAAGGCCGACGCUUUGAGCUGCUCAUAACAGUGAGAGAGGAGGGCUAUGAGAUGAAAAUGAAUGGCCAGCACUUCCACCUGUUCAAGCACCGCAUUCCAGCGACCUGUGUGACCGGCAUGCAUAUCAGUGGGGCUGUGCGCAUAUUGGCCAUCAUCGCUGGGCCACCAUCGAGGUGCCCAAGCAUGCCAACACCAGUCGUGUGCCCAGGAGCACACAAGGGAGGAGUCACAAAGAUUGAUAGAGGCCAACUGCUCAUUCCAUUUGUGGGGCCCAUCCCUGGCGGUUUGAGAACUGGCAUGUCUUUACGCUUCAAGGGAAGGAUUCCUUCAAACGCCAAGAGAUUCUACAUCAUCCUGCUGCAAGGAAUGGAAACAUCCACUUGCAAUCCCCUAUACUUCAACGCCUUGUUCGACCAAUCGAACUCGGUGGUAGAGUUCAAGAGCAUGCAGAAAGGUGUAUGGGAGAAGGAGGAGCGUGGCAAUAUGAUGCCCUUCUCUAAGGGGGUGAAGUUUGACCUUAUCAUCCAUGUCACCAAUGAGGGUUUCCAGGUGGUCGUGAACGGCCGUUCAUUCCACUUGUACAACCAUCGCAUGAGUGUGGAAGUUGGUGAUGCCUUCAAGGUUUCCGGGGACAUCAUCGUAGAUGACCUGAACAUCAACAUGGAUCCCCCUGUGAUAACUCAGCCACCGAUCAGGCCCGUGAAACCGGCGUGUGAAUUCCGUGCUGCUCCGGUAAUGAAGAGGAAGUUCCCGGAUGUGGGGUACAUCUUUGGAGGCCUGAGGGUGGGGAUGUCUCUGCACUUCAAGGGAACCGUUCAUAACGAUGCUCAGAGGUUCAGUAUCAAUCUGGUUGCUGGGCUUGGAAAGGGCAGUCCCAACAUCUUCCACUUCAACCCCCGGUGCGAUUCCGAUGUGGUGGUGUUCAACCAUUGUUUGGAGAACUGGGCGAAUGAGGAGAGGCCAUCUGAGAUGCCCUUUGUUAGGGGCCAGGUCUUUGUCGUGACCUACAACAUCACCGACGAGGGCUACCAGGUGAUUGUCAAUGGUAACCCCUUCCACCUGUUCAACCACCGCUUGCCGUUGGAGGAUGUGACUGCCAUAAAGUUUGUUGGGGAUGCGGACAUAGAGAUCACCAGCAUCACUGAGGGAGAACACAAAAUCGGGCAGGGACUUCUUCGUCAGGGAAGGUUUUUGGUUCCUAAACUCCCAUAUGUGGCUCCAAUCACCGGUGGUUUGAAGGUGGGGAUGUAUCUGUACUUCCGGGGAACCAUCAACCGCGGCCGGGCGAGAGGGUUCAGAAUCGACCUGAAGUGUAUACAGCAGGGAGGGCUGGUCAGAGCCAUGCACUUCAGGGCUAAGUUGGGCUGCCGUCCGCACGUGAUAUUCCAGUCCUUCCAGAGGAGGCGGUGGCAGAAGGAGGAGAAGGUCGCCCGCAUGCCCUUCCGCAAGGGCCAGGAGUUUGAGAUGCUUUUCUACGUCGACACAAAAGGCUACCGGGUGUACGUCAACGGCUGUCCGUUCUACAUGUACCGGCACCGCGUCCCGCUGCAUCAAGUGAACGCCAUCGAACUGGACGGGGACUGUACCAUGUCCACCAUUGACAUCAUGGGGGGAGGAAAAGAAGGCAUGAAUGGGUAUCGAGGCCUACGAACAUUGACAUUUGAUAAAUGCCCACAUGUGGUGCCCAUGUACGGAGGUUUGAGGACUAGGACGUACAUGUACUUCCGGGGAACAGUUUCGCAAGAGGCAGAGAGGUUUAGCAUCCAACUGAUGAACGGGGCGAGACCAGGCUGUGACACAGGCUUCCUAUUUCAGCAGCGCUUCAACCCUCCGGAGGUGAGGUUGAACAGCUGCCACAAACGGAAAUGGGGACAGCUGGUGAAGAUCAGAAAGAUGCUCUGCUCUAAGGGAGAAGCAUUCGAGCUGGUCCUCAUUGUCACCUCAGAUGGCUACCAGGUGCUCGUAAAUGGUCAUCCAUUUCAGCUGUUCAAGUUCCGCCUGCAGCCGUUCCUAGUGAGUGCCAUAAAGAUUGACGGGGAUGUCUCCAUGGAGUAUGCCAAGAUGAUCAGGGGAGUGCGAGGAGCCUUGGGGUGUCAUCCAAGUCUAGGAACGAUGGUUUUUUCUAAAUCCCCACGCGUGUGGCCCAUCUACGGCGGUUUGAGGGCAGGGAUGGCUCUGCACUUCAGGGGAACUGUUCUCAAAGACGCCAAAAGGUUUAGCAUCAACCUGCAGUAUGGACAAAUGAAGGGCUGUGACAACGCCUUCCACUUCAACCCCCGGAUGGGUGGAAAAGUGGUGGUGUUCAACACCUUCCGGAACAACUGCUGGGAAACUGAGGAGAGGGUCCAUACGUUUCCCUUCGAAGAGGAGAAAAGUUUUGAUCUGGUCUUCAUUGUCACCCAACAAGAGUAUCAGGUGUACGUAAACGGAUGUAGGUACUAUGCGUUCCUGCACCGCAUGCCGCUAGAGUAUGUGAGUGCUGUGGCGAUCCACGGGGACGUCUCCAUUCAGAGUGGCAACAUUACUGAGGGAGGAGGAAUGACCAUACAGAGACGUCUAGGUCUCGGAUUGAUGCAGAUCACGAGCAUCCCAUAUGUGGGGUCCAUCCAAGGCUGUUUGAGAGUGGGGAUACAUAUGUACUUCCGGGGAACGAUUCCCCAAGAGAUGAAAAGUUUCACCAUCAGCCUGCAGUAUGCGGAGCAGGAAGGCAGUGACACGGCCCUCCUAUUUAACCCCCAAUUUGACUGCUCUGGGGGUGUGGUGAAGUUCAACAGCAUCAAGAACGGAAAACCACAGUCCGAGGAGAAGAUUCGUCGGUUUCCCUUCCAGCUGGGACAGGACUUUGAGUUGCUCUUCAUCAUCAGCCAAACUGGCUACCAGGCGAUCGUAAAUGGUCGUCCAUUUCACUCGUUCAGGCACCGCAUGCCGGUGGAGCACGUGAAUGCCGUCAAAAUCACCGGAGACGUCUCCAUGCAGACCCUCAACCUGAUUCGGGCUGGACGAGGAUUGAGAGGUCUAAGAAGGAUACUUGUUUCUAAAAUCCCAUACGUGGGCCCUGUCUAUGGCGGUUUUAGGAAGUGGAUGACUUUGUACUUCCGUGGAACAAUUCCAAACGAAUUGAACCGUUUCGCCAUCAACCUGCAGUGUGGGGUACUGGAAGGCUGUGAUAUUGCCUUCCAUUUCAACCCCCGGUUCACGGACUGUGGAAACUACGUGGUGUUCAACAACUUCAAGGCUGGCGGGUGGCAGAAAGAGGAGAGGGUUCAGCGCAUGCCCUUCAAGAAGGGAGAGGACUUCUUGGUGACUAUCACAAUCGUCGACAAGGGCUACCAGGUGACCGUAGAUGGCCAAUGGUUCCAUUUCUUUCAACACCGUGUACCUGUGGAGCAAGUGUGCGCCAUUGGUAUCAAAGGGGACAUCGCUAUGAAGACCAUCGACUCAACUGGGGCAGAAGAAGAUGAUGAUGAUGAUGAUGAUGACGAGGAGGGAACCCCAAGAACUCGACAGAUCGUCUUUACUAAAACCCCACACAUGGGACCCAUCCACUUUGGUUUGAGGGCUGGGAUGUGUUUGCGCUUCCUAGGAAACAUUAGCAAAACGGCCAAAAGUUUUACCAUCAGACUGCAGUAUGCGGAGAUGCAAACAAGUGACACAGCCCUCUACUUCCAACCUAUCUUCGAGCCCGUCAAGAUGGUGGUGUUCAACACCAUGCAGAAUGGCAAAUACAAUACAGAAGAAAAGGUCUACAAGAUGCCCUUCUGUAGGGGCAAUGACUUUGAGCUGGCCUUCUUUAUCACAUCACAGGGCUACCAGGUGUUUGUAGACGGUAAGAGGUUCCACUUCUUCAAGCGCUGCAUGGCCGUCGAACCUGUGACGACUAUAAAGAUCGAUGGGGAAGUCGCCAUGGCGACCCUCAACGCGAAUGAGGAAGAACCAGAGAAAGAGGAGGUGGUGGUGACUCGUGGCAUUUCGCAUUUGGGGCCGAUCUACGGUGGUUUGAGGACGGGGAUGUCUCUGUACUUCAAGGGAAUAAUUCCUCAAAAUCUUGACAGGUUGCGCAUCAUUCUUCGCUGCGGGGAUAAGGAAGACAGCAAUGUCGCUUUCAUCUUCAGCGCCCGGUUCAAUUCCAAUGAGAUGGUGCUUAACGACUUCCAAAAUGGUGCCUGGGGGGCAGAGGAGAGGCCUGAGAAGAUUCCUUUCAAACAGGGAGAGGAGUUUGAGAUGCUCUACACCGUCAGUAAAGUGGGCUACCAGGUGGUUGUGAACGGCGAAGAGUUCUGCCUGUUCAAGCACCGCCUGCCCAUGGAUCAAGUGACUGGCAUAUUGAUCAGCGAGGCCGCCAAAGUGCACACCAUCAACAUCAUCCAUGGAGGACAGGAAGGGGUGCUGGGACGAUUGAGUCAAUCGAUGAUGGUGGUUAAUAGAGUCCCACAUGUUAUGCCCGUCUAUGGUGGUUUGAGGGCGGGGAUGUACCUGUACUUCCAUGGAAAGGUUGACGAUAGCUUCAACAGUUUCAAGAUCAAACUGCAGUAUGGGGGAAGGACUGGCUGUGACAAGGCCAUGUGCUUCAUUCCCGUGGUUGAGUCCCAGAAAACGACAUUCAACUCCUUCCAGGAUGGGAAAUUUGGCACUGAGGAGAAGGUUGAUGUGAUGCCCUUCACUAAGGGACAGCCCUUUGUGAUACUCUUCAUCAUCACGUCAAAGGCCUACCAGGUGUUGAUAAACGGUUGUCUGUUCUACACGUUCAAACACCGUAUGGCAGUGGAGCAAGUGUCCACCCUGGCAGUUGAAGGGGAUGUCAGCAUAGAUACCAUCAACAUGAUUGGGGGUGGACCGGGAAGCAUUGAGGGAUAUCGAGGUCUAAGAAACAUUUCGGUUCCUACCACCCCACAUGUGGCGCCCAUCUGUGGGGGUUUGAGGACAGGGACAUACAUCUACUUCCGAGGAACAGUUGCUGCAAAUGUGUUUUCCAUCAACCUGCAAUGUGCGGAGAUGAAAUCAUCUGAUGUAGCCCUACACUUUGUUGCCAAGAAGUCCAGGGUGGAGUUCAACACCUUGCGGAAUGAGAAAUUGGAAAAACGUGAGGUCGUCGAUCAGUCACCCUUUGCUGCGGGGCAGGAGUUUGAGAUGAUCUUCAUUGUCACCACAGGGGGUUACAAGGUGAUCGUAAAUGGUCGCAUCUUAUAUUUCUUCAAGCACCGCAUGAAGCCAGAGCAUGUGAAUGCCAUAAAGUUCUCAAAGGGCGUCUCCAUGACAACGGUCAACAUGAUCAAGGGAGGAGAAGGAGGCAUGCAUCCAAGUGUAGGAAAGAUGGUCGUAACUAAAACUCCAUGCGUGAUGCCCGUGUAUGGAGGUUUCGGGUCAGAGAUGUGUCUGUGCUUCAAGGGAACCAUUCCUGAAAGCGUAAAUGGUUUUUGCAUCAAUCUGAAGUGUGGGCAGGUGGAAGGAAGUGACAUCGCCAUGAAGUUUAACCCUCAGUUCGAAACCUCGGUUGUGGUGUUUGACACCUUCCGGAAUGGCAGCUGGGAAGCGGAGGAUAGGAUCGAAGUGAUGCCUUUGAAAAGGGGAGAGGACUUUGAGCUGCUCUUCAGUAUCACUUUACAUGGCUACCAGGUGAUCGUAAACGGCCGUCUGUUCUACAUGUUCAGGCACCGCAUGCCAGUGAGUCACGUGAGCGUCAUUGAGAUCACAGGGGAUGUCAGUGUGAAGGAUCUCGACAUAAGGAAGAGAGGAGAAGGACACACAGAGGAACCAGCAGAGGAAGGAGAAUUGACCAUCCCACAUGUGCGACCCAUUGUUGGCAGUUUGAGGACUGGAAUGUAUGUGUACUUCAAAGGAACCAUUCCCGAAGACAUCAAAACUUUCACUUUCAGCUUGCAGUAUGGGCAGAUGAAAGGAUGUGAUAAAGCCUUCCUGAUGAUAACCAAGUUCGAGCCCUCUGAGGUUGUGCAGUUCAAAACCUUCUUAAACGGGAAGUGCGGCAAUAAGGAGGAGGGUAAAGGGAUGCCCUUCACUAAGGGAGCGGACUUUUGUGUACACGUCUUCGUUACCUCAAAGGGUUACCAGGUGUUGAUAAAUGGUUGUCAGUUCCACUUGUUCGCCCACCGCAUGCCGGUGGAACAAGUCACUGCCCUGAAGAUAGCCGGGAAUGUCACUGUGCAGACCAUCAACACACUCAGAGGAGGACCAGGUGCACCGUGUCAACCAGGUGUACAGAAGAUGGUGGUUUCUAGCAUCCCAUGCGUGCUCCCUGUCUUGAACGGUUUGAGGCCAGGGAUGUUUCUGUACUUCCUGGGAAUCGUUCCAAACUCGAGCAAGAGAUUCUCCAUCAAUCUGAAAUGUGCGGAGAUGGACAGCAGCGAUAACGUCAUGCACUUUAACCCCCGGUUUGACAGCAAUGUGGUGGUGUUCAACACCUUCCGAAAUGGCGGCUGGGAAAAUGAGGAGAGGCCUUCUUGGAUGCCCUUCUCUUGUAGUGCACAGUUCGAGGUGGUCUUCAUUGUCACCCUAAAGGGCUACCAGGUGAUGGUAAAUGGUCGUCAAUUCCACUUCUUCAACCACCGCAUGCCGUGUGAGUUUGUGACUGCCAUUAAGAUCUGUGGGGAUGUCUGCAUGCACACCAUGCACAUAAUUGAGAGAGGACCAAUGGGCCACCUGGGACAACCAGGUAUUGGAAAGAUGGUGAUUAAUAAAAUCCCACAUGUCGGGCACAUCUUCGGUGGAUUGAGGAAAGGAAUGGCCUUUUACUUCCGGGGAACCAUUCCCGAAAACAGCAACAGUUUCUGCAUUGAUCUGCAGAAUGGGCAAUUGGAUGCGUGUGAUAAGGCCUUCCGGUUCAACCCUCAGUUCAAAUUAGGGAAGAUAGCGUUCAACUCCUUCCGGAACGGCAAAUUUGAACUUGAGGAGAAGGUCAAUAUACUGCCUUUUGCACCAGGAGACCCCUUCGAACUGCACUUCAUUGUCACCUCAACGGGCUACCAGGUCAAAGUAAACGGCAUUCUGUUUUACACGUUCAUGCACCGCAUGCCUGCGAAGUACGUGAGUAACCUGAAAAUUACCGGAGACGUCAAGAUGGAGACUGGAGACAUCAUGGAGGGAGUGGAGCCAGAACCAGAGCCAGUGAUUCCUAGUUUCCCAUCCAUAGGACCCAUCUCUGGUUUGAGGACAGGGACGUCUCUGCAACUUGAUGGAACCAUUCCCAAAAGUUUCAAAAGUUUCAGCAUCAAUCUGCAUUGUGGUCCUUGUGGGGAGGCGAAAAACAUAGCCCUCCAAUUCAGCGCGAAAUGCGAUUCCUCAGAGGUAACGUUCAACACCUUAAGCAAAGGCAUAUGGAGAGAGGCGGAGAUUGUCAAAGAAAUGCCCUUCGAAGCAGGAAUGGAAUUUCAGAUGGUCUUCGUCAUCACCUCAGAAGGCUACCAGGUUAAAAUAGAUGGUCAAGACUUCUAUUUCUACAAGCACUACAUACCAGCGGUAAAUGUGACUGCUCUCAAGUUCUCUGGGGAUGUCAGCAUUCAGACCACCAACAUCGCAGAGGGAGGGUGUCUCAUUCAUGGAAAGACAGUGAUGGAUGCCAACCCGUUUGUGCAGCCCAUUGCCUGCGGUUUGAAGACAGGGACGUAUCUGUACUUCCGUGGAAAAGUCGACGAGGAUGCCAACAGGUUCUCCAUCAGCCUGGAUUGUGGUGAGAAGAAAGGCUGUGAAAAAGCCAUAUUCUUCAAACCCCAGUUCCAGCCCUCAGAGAUGGUGGUGUUCAACAGCUUCCAGAAUGGCGAAUGGGGAAAGGAGGAGAAGGUUGCUAUUAUGCCAUUCAAAAAGGGCCAGAACUUUGAGAUGGUCUUCAUUGUCACCUCAUGCAGCUACCAGUUGUUGAUAAACGGUAGACGAUUCUACGUGUUCAAGCACCGCGUAGCGGUGGACAGAGUGUGUGCCAUAAGGAUUGGUGGGGACGUCACCAUGGAGCCCAUCAACAUUAUUGGGGCAAAUGUUCAGGGAUAUCGAGGCCUACACAAGACGGUUGUGACUAGAACCCCAUACGUGGGCACUGUCUAUGGAGGUUUGAGGAUGGGGACAUAUCUGCACUUCCAGGGAACGGUCCACAAAAAUCCCAAUAGUUUUACCAUCAACCUGCAGUGUGGGGAGAGCAAUGACUCUGACACAGCCUUCCUGUUCAAGCCCAAGUUCAAACGCAACGAGGUGGUGCUGUACAGCUUGCAGAGUGGAAAAUUGCAAAAUAAGGAGGUUGUCCAAAAAAUGCCCUUCACCACGGAAAAAGACUUUGAGGUGGUCUACGUUAUCACUACAGGGGGCUACCAGGUGAUUGUGAAUGGCUCCCAUUUCUGCACGUUCAAGCAUCACAUACCGGUGGAGCACGUGAGCAACAUCAGGGUCCAGGGCAACGUCACCAUGAAGACCGUCAACAGGGUUGGGGGAGGAGAAGGAUGCAUGCAUCCACGUCUAGGAAAGAUGGUCGUAACUAAAAUCCCACAUAUGGGGCCCAUCUAUUCCGGAUUGAAGACGGGAAUGUUUCUUCUUUUCCAUGGAACGGUUCCUGACGAAGCGGAAGCUUUUUGCAUCAAUCUGCAGUACGGGCAGAUGGAAGGAAGUGACAUUGCCUUCCACUUCAACGCCCGGUUCAAUGCAAAUUCUGUGGUGUUAAACACCUGGCGGAGUAGCAGCUGGGAAGAGGAGGUUGCGAUCCCUAUGAUGCCCUUCACAAAGGGGAAAAGCUUUGAAUUGGUCUACAUGAUCACCGCCGAGGGCUACCAGGUGUACUACAACGGUAGUCACUUCUACUUUUUCGCACAUCGCAUGCCAGUGGAGUGCGUGACUGCCGUAAACAUCACUGGGGAAGUCAGCAUGAAGCUUGUCAACAUGACCGAGAGAGGAAAAGGAGCACCUGCACUGCCAGCUCCAGGACCGGUGGUGGUUAGUACCACCCCACAUUCGGAGCCAAUCAAUGGCGGGUUGAGACAUGGGAUGUAUCUGUACUUCAAAGGAACCAUUCCCUCCGUGGCCAAAAGUUUUGCCAUCAACCUGCAGAACAGCGGGAUGGAAGGCAGUGACGUCGCCCUCCAUGUCAACCCCCGGUUCGAGGAGUCUGUGGUGUUUAACACCUGCCGGAGUGGCAGCUGGGAAGAGGAGGAGAGGCCCGCUGAGAUGCCCUUCUGUAAGGGAGAGGACUUUGAGCUACUCAUCAUCGUCACCACAGAGGGCUACCAGGUGAUUGCAAAUGGUCGUCAGUUCCACUUCUUCAAGCACCGUAUGCAGGUGGAGCAAGUGAGCGCCGUGAACAUUGUUGGAGAUGUCAGCCUGAAGCCCGUCCACAUAGUCCAGAGCGGACCGGAACAACCAGGUCUUGGAAAGAUUGCGAUUUCUGAAAUCCCACACGUGUCACCCAUCUAUGGCGGGUUGAGACCACUGAUGUAUCUGUACUUCAAGGGAACUUGUCGUGAAAGUUUUUACAUCAAUCUGCAGAAUGCAGAGAUGGAAGGAAGUGACAUCGGCAUCCACUUAAACCACAAAUUGGAUUCCGGAGUGGUGGUGUUCAACGCGUUCCAGAACGGUGGCUGGGGACCGGAGGAGAGUGUAGAAGGGAUGCUCUUCAAUAAGGAUGAGGAAUUUGAGAUUGUAUACAUCAUCAGCUCAGAGGGAUACACGGUGAACAUAAACGGUCGCCAGUGCCACUUCUUCAAGCACCGCAUGUCGGUCGAGCAAGUGAGCACCAUACAGAUCGCUGGGGACGUCUCCAUGCAGACCCUCAACAUCAUCCAGGCAGGACAAAGUGAGCAGGGAGUUCCAGAUGAUGGAAAAAUUGACUUCCUUACAGUCCCAUAUGUGGCGCCUAUGUACGGCCGUUUGAGGGCAGGGACAGCGCUGUACAUCCAGGGAACAAUUCCUGAAGACUCAGCGAGUUACACCAUCGGCCUGCAGUACGGGCAGAAGGUGGGCUCUGACAUAGCCUUCCUAUUCACCGGCCGGGCCGAGGAUGAGGUGGUGUGCAACUCCUGUAAGGAUGGCGCCUGGGGAGAUGAUGACCUGGUCGACAUUGUGCCCUUUGGACCCGGGGAUGACUUUGAGUUGGUCUUAGUCAUUACUGAGGAAGGCUACCAGGUGGUCGCAAAUGGUUUCCUGUGCCAUUUCUUCAACCACCGCAUGCCGGUGGACCAAGUCUGUGCCCUAAAUAUCACUCAGGACAUCACUAUUCACUCUGUCAAAAUUAUCAAGGGAGAAGAUGUAGUGAUAAAGAAAAAGGCUAAAAAGAUCUCAAGAGAAGUGGAGUCUGUCGCUGCUGUUUUCAAAAUUGGGAUGGCUCUGUUCUUCCAGGGAACAAUUCCAGUUGGUUUCAAAAGUUUUACCAUCAACCUGCGGUGUGGGGAGGAGAAAGACUCUGACAUAGCCUUCAGCUUCAACCCUAAGUGCAGUGGCGAUGAGGAAGUGGUGGUGUUCAACUCCUUCAAGGGUGGCAGCUGGGAAACAGAGGACACUGUCACUGAGAUGCCCUUUGAUGAAGGAGAGAGCUUUGAGCUAGUCUUCUUUCCCACCACAGAAGGCUACCAGGUGUACGUAAACCGCCGUAAAUUCCAUUUCUUUUCACACCGCAUACCUAUGGAGAGAGUGACCACUCUGGAGUUCCUUGGGAUCAUCAUGCUGGCCUCCAACUGCAUUGCGGAAAAAGAAAUACAGAGGGAGGAUGAAGAUGAUGAUGAUGAUGAUGAUGAUGAUGAUGAUGAUGAUACUGCACUCAGUCUCGUCCCAAGUUUGACGCCCCUCCUAGGUGGUUUCAAGCCUGAUAUGUCCGUUUGCAUCCGGGGAACGAAAAACAAUAAGUUCUACAUUGACUUCCAGUGUGGGGAAGCUGACAAAGCCCUCCGCUUCCACUCCAAGUCACAGGGGACGGUGCUCAACAGCUGCCAGGGUGGCAUCUGGGGAACAGAGGAGACUGUCGAUAAGUCACUCCUUGUGGGGGAGCAAUUCUUCCUGACCUUCAAAGUCACCAUAGACAGCUAUGAGGUGAUUGUAAAUGGGACUGAGGCAUGCACGUUCAAACACCGUGUGGAAAUGGAGAAAGUCACGGCCAUAAAGGUCCUUGGGGAUGUCACCAUUGAUAGUGUCGGGAUCAUCGAGUUAAUAACACCAGAACCCGUUGAUGAACCAGUGGAAGAGAUUGAGGUCGUGCAAUGCGAGACAGCUGUCGAAAAAAGUUUUAAUGUGGGGACAACACUUACCUUCCUGGGAAUUGUUCCUGACGAUACCAAAAGUUUCAGCGUCAACCUGUGUGGGAAUGAUCCAGACAUAGCAUUCCACUUCAGACCCCUGUUCGAGACCUCAGAGGUGGUGUUCAACACUUUCCGCAAUGGCAGCUGGGAGGAGGCGGAGAAGGUCGAUAGCAUGCCCUUCACUAAGGGGGAGAACUUUGAGCUGGUCUAUAUCAUCACCACAGAAGGUUACCAGGUGAACGUAAAUGGCAAUCAGUUCCACCUGUACCACCACCGCAUGCCGGAGGACCCAGUGAGAGCCAUUAGGGUCACUGGGGAUAUUUCUGUGACGUCCGUCAACGUGGUAGAGGGAGCCAAGGAAUAUCCAAGUCCAGCAGAGCUUGGGACUGUCCAAUCUGAAACUGCUGCCUUGUGCACCUGGAAGGAGGGAACUUCAGUGACCUUCCUUGGAAGGAUUCCGGAUGAGUUUGAGAGUUUCAGCAUCAACCUGUGUGGGAAUGCUCCAGACAUAGCAUUCCACUUCAGACCCAUAUUCGAGACCUCAGAGGUGGUGUUCAACACCUUCCGUAAUGGCAGCUGGGAGGAGGCGGAGAAGGUCGAUAGCAUGCCCUUCACUAAGGGGGAGAAAUUUGAGAUGACCUAUAUUAUCACCGCAGUAGGCUACCUGGUGAAAAUAAAUGGCACUGAGUUCUACACGUACAAAUGCCGCAUGGAAGUGGCCCAAGUUAGCACCAUUAAGGUCCUUGGGGACAUCUUUAUCAAGGUCACAGAUGUACAGGAACCCGUUCCUGUGUAUCCACUUCCAGCGCAGCUUGGGCCUGUGAUGGCUAUGGCACAUGUCUCAGGUAUGCUGAAGACAGGAAUGUCAGUGCUAUUCCAGGGAGUCAUGCCCAUGGAAAUCGACAGGUUCUGCAUCAACCUGCAGUGUGGGGAUACAGACAACUGUGACACGGCCUUCCACUUUAGCCCCCUGUUCGAGACCUCAGAGGUGGUGUUCAACACCUUCCGCAAUGGCAGCUGGGAGGAGGCGGAGAAGGUCGAUAAAAUGCCCUUCACUAAGGGGGAGAAAUUUGAACUGCUUUUUGUCAUCACCGAAGAAGGUUACCAGGUGAAUGUGAAUGCGAACGGUGGGUUACCCAUGUUCAAACAUCGCAUAGGAAUUGAACAUGUGCACACCAUUCAGGUGAUUGGGAUCACCUUGGAGGCCGUCAUCCAGGAAAAGAGGGAAUAUCCAGUUGUGGCAGAACUUGGGCCUGUCCAAUCCGUGGCCUCUGUCGCUGGAAGUUUGAAGCCGGGGAUAUCUUUGUCCUUCGAGGGAUCCAUUCCUGAAUCUAUCACAUGUUUCUGCAUCAACCUGCUGUGUGGUGAGGAAGUAGGUAGUGACAUCGCCUUCAACUUCAGGCCCCAGUUCGAUGUCAGGCAGGUGCUGUUCAAUACCUACCGACAUGGCUGGGAAGAGGCAGAGAAGGCCUCCGAGAUGCCCUUCAUUGAAGGAAAGAGCUUUGUGUUGCUGAUAAACAUCACCUCAGAAGGCUACCAGGUGGCUGUAAACGGGAAUGAGCUCUACUUUUUCAAGCAUCGCAUAGCACUGGAGAAUGUGGUUGCCAUGCAGAUAAUAGGAGAUGUUCAAAUAACAACCAUCAACAUUGUGGAGACUGCCCCAUCCGUGACGCCGCUCCCAGGCGGUUUGAAGGAGGGAACAUCCCUUACCUUCCUGGGAAUGAUGCCCCCUGAAAGCUCUGAGUUCAGCAUCGACCUACGGUGUGGGACCGAGGAGGGCUGUGACACAGCGUUCCACUUCUGCCCCCAGGAUGAGAGGGUGGUGUUCAACUCCUUCAAAGGCGGCAGCUGGGAAACUGAAGUGACGUUCGAUAAGCUGCCUUUCACAAAGGGCGAGAACUUUGAGAUAGUCUUCCUUGUCAACAAAGAUGGCUACCAGGUGACCGUAGACGAUGAGGAGAUCUGCAUGUUUACUCACCGCAUACCGGUCACUGAAGUGAGGGCCCUUCAGAUCUCUGGGAAUGUCAGUUUGCCAACUGUCAACAUCAUCGAGGGAGCAAUAUAUGACCAAGGGGGACUCACAUGUUUCGAAACAGUGGUGGUGGCUGCGCCAAUUUUUAUGCCCAUCCCAAGCAGUUUUAAGAAGGGGACGUCUGUGAAAUUCAAUAUUGGGAUUCCCGAGCAAAUUUCAUGUUUCAGCAUCGAGAUGAUGUGUGGAGACAGCCCAGGCUGUAACAAAGCCCUCAAGUUCUGCUGCCAUUUCGAGCCCUCAGAGGAGGUGACCUUCAACAGCUUCCAGAGUGACUCCUGGGGACAGGAGGAGAAGGCCGCUGUGAUGCCCUUCCGGAAGGGGGAGACCUUUGACCUGGACUUCAAGAUCACAGACAAGGGCUACAAGGUGAAAGCAAACGGCAGUACGCUCCACACAUUCGUCCAUCGUAUUGCAGUGAAGAAGGUGACUGGCAUCCAGAUCGUUGGGGGCAUUGACUUGAAGGCCAUCAACAUCGUCCAGGAAGGACCAUGCAUCCAGCAGGGAGCUUUAGAAGGAAUUACGGUCUCUCAACAAGGGUUUGGCGGUGGAUGGACUUGUGGUACUGAAGAGAUCAGUCAGAUUUAACUUCCAAAUGAAUCCUUUCCAGGAGUGACAGUCAUUUGAUAUCAUGAUGCACUGUGGGAAUCAGAGUUUUAGAGUGUUUGAAAACGACUCCAUCCAUCAUAUCACCACCCUUCCCCCAAAAAAGCUGGAAAUCACUGAUGUCGCUGUUCCGAGACCUCUGCUCUGAUGUCACUCUUAUGUUAUCCUGCUCUGAUGUCACUGUUCUGUUACCCUGCUCUGAUGUCAUUGCUCUGAUGUCACUGUUGUGAUGUCACUGUUGUGAUGCCUUGCUUUGAAGCCCCCUCACAUCCCAGCUUUUAGUCCUAGAUGCCCACUGCAGAGUCCACAGCUUCCCGGCUCAUUCCUCUGCCUUCCUCUCACUAAGGCGGUUUGCUUCUGGGUGGAGGGACUGUGUUUCACAAAGUCACAUAAUAAACGCUCAUGCAUUCUAAA